GUGUUGUUGAAGCAUACUAGGUGACAUUGCUCAACUAGUGCGGUUUUUUAGUAGGGCACAACGACGAUUCGCGGGGUAAGUAGACGCUAGGAUGUCGUGCAGGCUAGAGCAUCACGUGCACGCGCCGUGACGAAUGCUGGUGAAUGGUUGUGCCCUACCCCACUCAUCACGUGUUUGGAGAAAUCCUGGCCGUCGUUCCGUUCGGGGCUUCUCCCCGUCUGAUCUCCAUGUGCUUACGAAGUGUCACCUCACACCUCGCCUCUCCUCUCUUGCACCUUACCCACGCCACCCCUUCUCCUGCCCCCUCCGCUGUUCCACUUGUCCUCGAACCCCUUACUACGACUCGUGCCUUUACGGCAAUCUCAAGGCCAUGCGAGUCUCUUUGUUAGUGUCACAUCGGUGCGCGCAGCUCCAGCCAGGUCGUCCGUUGCAAGCACCCGUCUGCCCCUUGCCGCCUCGACUAACACCGUCCGUAGCGCCCGCUAUCGCGUGAGGAGGGUCCGGCGGGCAUCGCGCAUGAGGAAAGCGCGCGCGGGCGUGGCGGUGGACGUGCCCCCAUCGCUCGCUGCCCUGGCGGCGCCCGACUGUCCCCAGCCUGAUCAAGCGCCGCUGUUUCCCGUGGCUUCCCCCGCCGUGCAUGGCUUGUCGGCGGACACCGAGCCCGUACACGGCGCUCGGCCCGACGGGCCCCGGGCGGCCCACGGCCUGAACGGGCUUGUGGGCGCGGAGGAUAGGCGCAUGGGGAAAGACGCAGGUGGGAUGGGGUUCCGGGGGUCGGAGGAGGAAGAGGGCGGUGCAGGCGACGAGGAUGCGCGGCGAGAAGCCGUGGAUCCGCCUCCGGCUCUUUCCAGUAGGUCGCCCGGCAGCGGGCGGUCUAUGCGGCAUCUGGGUUCCAGCAGGAGUGCGGCUAUGUCCAGAGGGGCCAGCAUGGCGGAAGGCGACGACGACGACGGCGACGACGGCGACGACGGCGAUGACGACGGGCUACUGAGUGUGAGGAGAGGGGGGGCGACGCCUCGGCUGUCGCUGUGGGAGGACGACGACUCGCGCCUGGAUACCAGUCGAUCGGAUGCCACAGGUAGCAGCAGCGGCCGCUCCAGUGGCGGCGCAGUGUCGGGCGGCAGGCCUGCGCCCAGGAAGCACACGGGGGUGGGCCCGGCGCUGCAGCAGCGGGUGCUGCCGCCGUCGAUGAGCAUGAGCCGCGCGCGCAUGCGGCUGGCGGGCAUGAAGCUGGACCUGGGCGUGCUGCCCAUGGGGCCCGCUGGCGUGCUGCUGCCCGACCAGCCCGCCGCGCUCCACCUCUCCGCGCACGGUGCGGACGGGUUCUCGGGGAUGGGGGAUGGGGCAGGGUUUGGCGGAGAGGGUGCGGGGGGCGAGGAAGAGGAGGAGGAGGGGGAGGGGGAGGGGUCGGAGGCGAUGGAGGUGCGGGAUCGGAAGGAGAAGUUCGUGUUCUUCGAGCGCCAGUGCAGCCGCGUCAUGCUGCACCUAUACGUGGGCAGUGACGCCGUGGCGCGCGACCGAGACAUUCUGCGGCAGGCGGGCAUCACGCACGUGGUGAACUGCGUGGGGUUCGUGUGCCCCGAGUACUUCCCGCGCGACAUCACCUACAAGACGCUCUGGCUGCAGGACAACACGUCGGAGGACAUUCAGUGCGUGCUGUACGACGUCUUCGACUUCGUCAACGAGGUCAAUCGCGUCAACGGCCGCUGCUUCGUGCACUGCUGCCAGGGCGUCUCGCGCUCCACCUCGCUCGUCAUCGCCUACCUCAUGUGGGCACAGCAAGUGGAGUUCGAGGCGGCGUUCCGCACGGUGAAGGCGAUCCGCGGCGUGGCGAGUCCCAACAUGGGCUUCGCGUGCCAGCUGCUGCAGUGGCAGAAGCGUGUGCUCUCGCCGCCCUCCCCCACGCCCGCGCUGCCGCCUGCUGCAGCCCCACCCGCCCUCGCUGCUGCUGCUGCUGCUGAUGGUGGUGGGAUUGGUGGCGCAGAUAGCAGUGGGUGCAAUGGCGAGGCGGCGGGGCGGGGAGCGCGGCAGAUGGAGAGUGUGCGCAUGUACCGCAUGGCGCCGCACUCACCGUACGACCCGCUGCACCUGGUGCCCAAGAUGCUCAACGACGUGUCCGUCGCCGCGCUCGACCCCAGAGGCGCCUUCAUCGUGCAGGUCGGCGCGUCGCUCUACGUGUGGUAUGGCGCGGCGUGUCGCCCCGCCAUGCAGCAGCAGGCGGAGCGUGCGGCGGACCAGAUAGCGCGCUACGAGCGCCUGCCAGCGCCGCCGUCGCACAUCCAGCAGGGGCACGAGCCGCAUGGCUUCAAGGCGGCGCUGAGCUCGCAGCGGCUGGUGCGCGGCGGCAGCGGCGAGUGGGGCGUGUGCCUGAGCGUGCUGGAGCGCGAGGGCCUCACGUACCUCGGGCAGGAUGCGCACCACGUGCCCGCCCACGCCGACCUCAGGCCCGGCGCCGCCGCCAUGCUGCCCGCGCUGGCUGGGGGGGCGAGGGGUGCGAGCGGGGUGUCAGGUAAAGGAGGGGGGAAAGACAGAAGAGUGGAGAGUAAGAGUGGAGAUCGCGAAGUUGAUGGUGGGAGUGAGAAUGGGAGCAGGCGGGCUGAAUGGGUUGUGGAGGAGAGGGAGGAGUAUUCAUUUGACUUUGAGUGUUUCAGCAAGGGGUUAGAUGGAGGCACGCCAGUGGGAGCAGGGGCUGUGUCGCCUCCCACCAAGGUGUUGCCAUAUAAGUACAGGGGCUGGCUCGAGGCGUCACUGCCGCUCAACCCUGCGUACGCCCUGCCCUGGGAAGCUUCUCACGCCACCCUGCCCGCCCCCCAGGCGGCCUCCCCGGCAGCGGGGGCAGCAGCGGGCAGCGGCGUGGGGUCUGCCGUGGCGUCCACCAGCUCCGCCCUGGCGCGACUCACCGUGCACGAUGGGGAUGCUGACGCAGGGAGCACGGCAGAGGAAAGGCAGGACGAGGCGAGGGGAGGUGAGGAGGGGCGUGUGUCUCGCAAGCCAGUGUUCGCCCCGCUGCCACUGCAUGCGCACACCUCCCUGCCGUCCCCCUCGUCCUUCUCUCCUCGCUCCCUGGGCUUCUUUCCGCCCUCUGGCAGUGGUGCCUAUGGCUCUGCUCUGAGCAAGUUCUCCAAGCCCUCACCUCCGCGCGACUCACACCGGCUCAAGGACCAGUCAGGUGGGUCAAGGGCAGCAGGAGAGGGGGGCGCAGGCGGUGGCAGUGGCAGUGGCAGGGGCAGUGGGCGUGGCGGUGCGUUGAGGGUGGUUGGAGGGCUUCAUGCAUCUGGGCUAGGCAGCAAUGGCGGCGGCACGAGGAGGGGCCUUCCCCCACUGACUCCUCGCAACACAGGUGGAAUAAGGGGGCAGCAGUCGCAGGGGUGGGGUGAGAGUGAUCAUGGAGGGGCGGAGGAGGAUGAGGGAGCCAAGGAGGGGGCGGUGAUGGCAGUGGAUGGACACUUGGGAAUGACAGAGGAUAGUGCUCAGGUGCCACGAGGGCCGGAGCAGCAAGGGGAGGGCGGGGGCAGUGACGUGGACGCUGGGGUUGGGCUGUGGAUGCCGUCCCCUAGACAAGGCAAACCGAACCUCAGAGCUGCUUGGGAGGAGGGGGGGAAGGACGAGGCAGAGGAGGAGGCGGAGGGAGGGAACGCGUAUGAGGUGGGCGUGAUGCAGGGCAAGGGAGGAGAGGGGGUCGGAACAGUGCUGGCAGGGCUGCCUCAAAGGAGGGGGAGGGCAGCGCGUGGCAGUCAGAGCACAGGCAGUGAAGCCGGUGCCAUGGAGGCACGAGGAAAGGCCCCCAAGCCGCCUGCCAGACGCACUCCGCCUCUUGCUGCAGCAUCUACUGCCAGCAGCAGCAGCAGCAGCAGCAGCAGCAGCACUGCCACUCCCAAUCUCAACGCCGCUCUGCCCCCUGCCCCUCGUUCCAGCUCGCAUCUCAUCGGGCGCCGCGAGGUGGGGAGUGGUGGAGAGAGUUGGGGCGAGUGGGGGGAAGGGGGGGUGGACGAGGCAGAAAGCAGUGGAAUGGAUGCAUUUGGCGUGCCUCUCACUCCAAGACGCCGACUGCCGCCCAGAUCAGCAUUUGGAAGAGGGUUUAGGGGGACAUGGGAGGAGGGAGCAGGGGAGAGGAGGGUGGAUAAUGGGGAGUCAGCUGAAGAUGGGGGCGUGCGGUCAAAGAGGAAAGGGGUUGCGAGAAAGGAGAAGGACUGGGGGGAGAAUGAUGAUGGCGGGGGUGUUCAUCCAAUUCCAGAGUACGGGGGAGAGGAUGGUAUGGGAGGGGAGGCAAUGGAUGCGAUGCAAGUAGAGGACGCCAUGGGCGCUGGUAUGGCACUUCCCACUCCUCGACGCUUGGGGCCACAAAUUAAGAAGAUCUUCUAGGGGGUGCAGAAAGAAUAUGAAUGCAUGGACGCACAUGAAUGGAGUGCAAAGCAACGUAAAUCUUUAAAGGAACCCGCAUGUGUCUUUUCCCCCGAGUCAAAGCUUGGUUGAUGCACAUUGUACAUCUUAUGGCCACACUUGACCGUGCGGCCUCACAAUCUGCUGGCCCGCUACUUCAUGCUACUUCUUGCUUGCACCCUUUUUAUUGC